AUGGACGACUCCUCCAAGGGCGUCUUCCAGCGGCUGCGUGGCGACAUCGAGACCGGCGAAGUUGACGACGACGUGGCCGUGCGCAACGGGUUCAUAAGGAAGGUCUUCGGCAUCUUGGCAGCGCAGCUGCUCCUCACUUCCGCGAUAGCAGCCCCCUUCUUCCUGUCCGACACCCUGAGGACCUACAUCCACACCCACCUUUGGCCGCUGUACCUGGCCCUUGGCGUCUCCUUUGCUGUCCUGGUUCCCCUGAUCUGCGUACGCGACCUGGCCAGGAGGUACCCCAUCAACUACAUUCUCCUGUUCGCCUUCACGGCUGCGGAGGGCUACCUCGUGGGCACCAUCUCAUCCACGUACAACGUGCAAGCCGUCGUGUUGGCCUUCUUCCUGACGGCCGGUGUCACCGUGGGGUUGUCCCUCUUCGCCAUGCAGACCAAAUACGACAUCACAAUGUUGGGCGGAGUGCUGUACAGCGCCCUGUGGAUCUUGCUGCUGUGCAGCCUCAUCAUGAUAUUCAUUCCGGGGGUCAGAGUUCUGCAGACGGUGUACGCUGGUUUGGGUGCCUUACUCUUUUCAGCGUACUUGGUCUACGACGUGCAGCUCAUCGCCGGGGGCAGGCAGCUGGAGAUAGGUCUGGAUGACUAUGUGCCUGCAGCACUGAACAUCUACCUUGACGUCAUAAACAUCUUUCUGUACAUUCUGCAGUUGGUGGGCGAUUCGAGAAACCAGUGA